AAGGCUCCUGUGUGUAUAUGUGUUGUUGGAUAAUGAUGGGGACCGGCACGAAAACUCGAACAACGGACUGCUCCUGGUUUGCUUUUCAUUUGGCUCUACUGCUGCUUUUCGGAAAACAGGCUUUGGCUCAGACAAGGUACUCUAUUCCAGAGGAGGUAGAAGAGGGAACUGUUGUUGGAAAUGUUGCGAAGGAUCUUGGCCUUGACAUCACCUCUUUGAAUGAUCGACGGUUCCGUGUUGUCUCUGAAAGUAAGGACCCUAUUUUUGAAGUAAACCAGAUCAAUGGGGCAUUGUACGUUCAAAAGCAUAUUGACAGAGAGGAGCUCUGUCAGGGGAGCGGUGCUUGUCUAAUAGAGCUAAAAAUCCUUGUUGAAAACCCUUUGGAAAUACACUAUGUAAUCGUAGAAAUCACUGAUGUAAAUGAUCAUUCUCCUGCUUUUCCUGAGAGAGAACAGAAAUUUGAAAUAGCGGAACAUACGUUACCAGGAAGGCGAUUUCAACUGCACACUGCUCGUGAUCCCGAUGCUGGAAUUAACUCAAUACGUACAUACACUUUGACGCCAAAUGAGCAUUUUGAAGUAAAUAUUCGUGAAAGCGAUGCGGGUAAAAUACCAUUUUUAGUGCUGAAGAAAUCGUUAGACAGAGAACAAAAGGACAAACACACGCUGCUGGUUACAGCAGUUGAUGGAGGAAAACCUCAACGAUCAGGCACACUAAAUGUUUCUAUUAUUGUUCUGGACAGUAAUGAUAAUCGUCCAAUGUUUAGUCAGGAGGUUUAUCAAAUUACAAUACAGGAAAAUGUUCCCGUCGGUACUUCAAUAUUUAGAAUGAAUGCCACAGAUCCCGAUUUAGACUCUAACGGGGAUAUUGAAUACAACCUUGGAAAAACCUUGAGGCGCAAAGUGUAUGAUAUUUUUGAGUUGGACAAAUUAACUGGAGAGAUUAGAAUAAAAGGUGCAGUGGACUAUGAAGAAAACGACGUAUACGAACUGGACGUUGAGGCAUCAGAUAAAGGGACACCUCCAUUAACCGGUGAGUGUAGAGUCAUUAUAAAGAUAUUAGACGUUAAUGAUAAUCCACCAGAAAUAGAAGUCACAUCGCUGUCAAAUACAGUGUCUGAAGACUCAAAGCCUGGAACAGUUAUUUCACUUAUUAGUGUGAAGGACAAAGAUUCCGGUGUCAAUGGAAAAAUUAUUUCGCACAUAUCCAACGACGUACCUUUUGAACUAAAGCCCUCUUACAAGGAAAACACGUACUCAGUUGUCACAAAGCGAUUUUUGGAUCGAGAGGAGGUGUCACAUUAUGAAAUAACAAUAAAAUAUCAUCGUGCUGAUUGCAAUGCAGUGCUCCAAAACCACAGACUAUACUUCUAA